AUGAUGAGCCACCGUUUCUAUUCGCAUGCUCACUUUCAAUCUCAGUUGCUGAGGCACAAACAACACCUACCACUCUUGGCAGUCUUGGCCGCCACAUCUAUUGGUCAACAACAGUACCCUGAAGUCGUACCUCGUCUUUCAGCUCGGUAUGCUUCAUCGGAAGCCUCCAAGGACGACAAGGAUAAAAAGGUUGAUAAAGGAGUGACUCGGUUUGAUAUCACCAAGCGAUGGGAUGAUGUAAAGUCAGAUUGGGAAGCCUUGCUUCAAACGUCGUCCUCUUCCAAGACUGAAGAUGAUUCUCAAGAUACAAGUCCACCUUCUUCCGGGGCAUCUUCGAUGUUCGACAAGCUAAAAGGUGCAAUGGACCAAGCUAAAGGUGCAAUGGACCAAGCCAUGGAUAAAAGCGAAAAGGGCACUACUAAAACUCCUUCCGAUCAAGAUAAUUUGAAGGAAAUGGGAUCCAAUCUGAUGAACCUUGUGCAACUAAAAUGGGGAAGCAAAAUGACGGGCGGCAGCAGCGCCACCGCACAGGCCAAUACGGUUCAGGAUAUCAUUAUGAAGGCCCGCGAUAUGGAGGAACAAGGAGAUGUUAAAGAUUCUAUCAGUCUGAGGGAACUGUUGGAAAUUGCACAGAUGUCGAACAAAAAGCUGGAAAGCAAUCUCACGGAAUUUUUUCAGGAAGAAUCCAAGAAAACUGGCAACGUGUUUACCCGCAAAGAUCUCCCCGCAUUGAAGCCGCCCGAUAUUUAUUACUAUUUGGAAAAGGAAGAUCAAGACAAAAAUCCUAGUGUUCGGCGACGAAAACAUCGUUUCUUCAAAGGAGUGGAUGUCAACCAGAUAGAUGAAUUGAACGAGCAGUUGGAGUUGGCCUUGCUAGCAUAUGCAGAUACCAUGAAAGAGAUCCAGGUCACCCUCCAACGAGAUUAUGAUUGCGAAUUGGCCUAUUGCGAUAUGGAGUCUACGCCUGGACGACCAAGCCAUUUCAUUGCCGUCAACAAGAACUCGGUCGAGAAAAAGCAAAGUGCCUUGUCAUUUUUGUCGUCUGACUCUUCCACUUUGGAAGUCAUCAUGGUCGUUCGUGGGACAAAAACGAUUACUGAUAUUAUUACUGAUUUGUUAAUGGACGAAGAAGAAUACAAGGGUGGCCACUGUCAUAAUGGUAUCCUCGAGAGUGGACAAUACUUGGCUGGAAAGCAUACCACUCUGUUUCGAAACUUGUUGCAAGCUUCUGGCAAAAAAAAGAUUAAACUGACUUUGAUUGGGCACAGUCUUGGUGCCGGUGCAGCUACUAUUGCGGGUAUGGAGUUGAAUGAAUUGCCCGAGAUGGAUGUCCAAGUGAUAGGCUUUGGAUGCCCAGCUUUGUUGUCCAAAGAACUAUCCCAAAAGACCGAAAGCUUUGUUACAACGGUUGUGGCCGACAAUGAUUGUAUUCCUCGUAUGAGUUCGGCCACGAUGCUGAACGCCAUUUUGGACAUUGCUAGUUUCGAUUGGACAGCUUAUGCCAAACAAGACAUUGCGGAUGCGGUGAAUGAGGUCUCCUCGUACUUUCCUACCUUGCUCAAAGACUAUAAGCAAACGAUAUUGGAAACCGCUCACAGCCUACCCGUCCGGGAGAUGCCUGCUAGAAUUCCAGCCCAGAGACUAGAACCCAUCCUCUAUCCACCAGGGAAAUGUAUACACUUGUAUCGGGAUGGCUUUGGAAUCUCUGGAAACGUGGUCCCUUGUACAUUCUUUUCGGAAUUGGAUAUUAAUCGUCGCAUGCUGCACGAUCAUACAGUCGAUAUGGGAUACCAACUGAUAUUCUUAGAUCUGAUGCGACAGCAUCACGAAGAUCAUCACUUUCAGUUUCAAAAGGAGAAAAAGUAG